GUACGCGUGCACGGGUGCGUCGCGCGCUCACGCAGUUGUCACGAGCCUUAGCCAAGCCGUGGAGUGAAGGCUGGAUAAUUAAAACGGACAUCAAUUAUACGGCACAUUUUAUUUACCAAAUUUAGUGCGUGAUAAAGAGAGCCGGGCUACAAUUUCAUAUCGCUGGUUGGCUAUUAAGACCGCCUGAGUUAUUCCGGGAUGUUUUCCAGUGUUUGAAUGAUAAUGCUAGCCUGCUAGCUAGCUGUUAAGUUAGCUUUACGGUGCUUGACUCGAAGUAACGUUAUAUUCUCGGUCUGUAUUUUCAUUAAGACAUUUGACUGCAUUAAUCUGAGAGACAAGCGAGUGGUUGUCGGAUUUAACUCUAGCUGGUGAAUUGUUACAGUCACGUCAGGUGUUAUGCGAGUCGGUUGUAAUCCUAGCUGGAUAAGGAUUGAAUGAAAUAACGUUAGCUUCCCAGAGCCUGCGGAAACGAACCAGUUAACAGGGAUAAGGUUAAGUUCUCCUGCUGCUGCUGCUUGAUCCACCGCCAUCCAGCUAAUCUAGCUAGCAAAUGCUAUCUGACCUAGCCUCCCACAAGCACACAGUGAGCUUGCUCGGUCAGUCAUAAAGGUGUAGCCAACGACUGAAUCUGCGAAGAAGCUAGCUAACGUUACUCCUAAACGUCAAGUUGGCCAUCUUCCACUCCAGCCCAGCGUUAAGCGGACCGACGGAUAACGUUAAGGCCGUAGUGAGGACGGAAACCUGCAAAAAUGCCGGCUGUGUCGAAAGGAGAUGGAAUGCGCGGAUUAGCCGUUUUCAUUUCGGACAUAAGAAAUUGUAAGAGCAAGGAAGCCGAGAUAAAACGGAUCAAUAAGGAGCUGGCCAACAUUCGCUCCAAGUUUAAAGGGGACAAGGCUCUCGAUGGCUACAGCAAGAAGAAAUAUGUCUGCAAGCUUCUCUUCAUCUUCCUGCUCGGCCACGACAUUGACUUUGGACACAUGGAGGCAGUCAACCUUCUGAGCUCCAACAAGUACACUGAGAAACAGAUUGGUUACCUGUUCAUCUCAGUGCUUGUGAACAGCAACAGUGAGCUGAUACGGCUGAUCAACAACGCCAUCAAGAAUGACCUGUCCAGCCGCAACCCCACCUUCAUGUGCCUGGCGCUGCACUGCAUCGCCAACGUGGGAAGCCGCGAGAUGGCUGAGGCCUUUGCCAGUGAGAUCCCUCGGAUCCUGGUCGCUGGUGAUACCAUGGACAGUGUGAAGCAGUCGGCUGCACUGUGUCUGCUGCGCCUCUAUAAGACCUCUCCUGACUUGGUGCUGAUGGGUGAGUGGACGUCACGCGUGGUGCACCUGCUCAAUGACCAACACAUGGGUGUGGUGACAGCAGCCAUCUCUCUCAUUACCUGUCUGAGCCAGAAGAAUCCAGAUGAGUUCAAGACCUGUGUUUCCCUGGCAGUGUCCCGACUCAGCAGGAUCGUGUCGUCAGCCUCCACUGACUUGCAGGAUUACACCUACUACUUUGUCCCGGCACCGUGGCUCUCUUGCAAGUUGCUGCGCCUGCUGCAGUGCUACCCACCACCGGAAGAUGGCGCUGUCAAGGGCCGUCUGGUGGAGUGCCUGGAGACAAUCCUCAAUAAGGCCCAGGAGCCACCCAAGUCCAAGAAGGUGCAGCACUCCAAUGCCAAGAAUGCUAUCUUGUUUGAGGCUAUCUCACUGAUAAUCCACUAUGAUAGCGAGCCCAACCUGCUGGUGCGAGCCUGUAACCAGCUGGGCCAGUUCCUGCAGCACCGAGAGACCAACCUGCGCUACCUGGCUCUGGAGAGCAUGUGCACUCUGGCCAGCUCGGAGUUUUCCCAUGAAGCCGUCAAGACGCACAUCGAGACGGUCAUCAAUGCCCUCAAGACCGAGAGGGAUGUGAGUGUUCGACAGAGGGCGGCUGACCUGCUCUAUGCCAUGUGUGAUCGCAGCAACGCCAAGCAGAUCGUCGCCGAGAUGCUCAGCUACCUGGAGACAGCAGACUACUCCAUCAGAGAAGAGAUGGUUCUGAAAGUGGCCAUUCUGGCAGAGAAGUACGCCGUGGAUUACUCCUGGUACGUGGACACCAUUCUCAACCUCAUCCGCAUUGCUGGCGACUACGUCAGCGAAGAGGUGUGGUAUCGCGUCAUACAGAUCGUCAUCAACAGAGACGAUGUGCAGGGCUACGCCGCCAAGACUGUCUUUGAGGCUUUGCAGGCACCUGCUUGCCAUGAGAACAUGGUGAAGGUCGGAGGCUACAUUCUGGGAGAGUUUGGUAACCUUAUUGCCGGUGACCCGCGCUCCAGCCCCCUGGUCCAGUUCAACCUUCUCCACUCCAAGUUCCAUCUGUGCUCGGUGCCGACUCGCGCCCUGCUGCUGUCUGCUUACAUCAAGUUCAUCAACCUGUUCCCAGAGACCAAGGCCACCAUCCAGGAGGUGUUGCGCUGCGACAGCCAGAUCCGUAAUUCGGACGUGGAGCUGCAGCAGCGUGCUGUCGAGUAUCUGAAGCUUUCCUCCAUCGCUAGCACCGAUGUCCUGGCCACUGUCCUGGAGGAGAUGCCUCCCUUCCCAGAGAGGGAGUCGUCCAUCCUGGCUAAGCUGAAGAAGAAAAAGGGGCCCGGUGCAGUGUCUGUGACAGAGCUGGAAGACAGCAAAAGGGAGGGUGGGGAGUUGAAUGGAGGGAGUGACCGGGGGCCAGACACAGCAGCCAUGGCUGCGUCCAACGCUUCCACCCCGUCACCGUCAGCAGACCUCCUUGGGAUUCGUUCUGCUGCUCCGGUUGGUGCUGCCCCAACCAGCGCUGGCAGCCUAUUGGUGGAUGUGUUCUCUGAGGCGGGCCCUACCGCUCCCUCUGCUGCUGUGAACGAUGACGGCUUCCUAAGAGAUCUGGAACAGCCCACCGAGACCUCUGAUUCCCUAUUGGUGGAGGGUUCUGGUGACUCGGACUCUGCUCCUCCCUCUGAGGAUCCCGCUCCUCCUCUGUCUGAGGCAGACGAACUUCUUAACAAGUUUGUGUGCAAGAACAACGGGGUUCUGUUUGAGAAUCAGCUGCUACAGAUUGGCAUCAAGUCAGAGUAUCGUCAGAAUCUGGGGAGAAUGUACCUAUUCUACGGCAACAAGACGUCGGUGCAGUUUGCCAGCUUCACCACCACAGUCAACUGUCCUGGGGAGCUGCAGUCUCAGCUCAACGUCCAGACCAAAGCAGUGGAGCCCCUGGUGGAGGGGGGGGCCCAGAUCCAGCAGGUCCUCAACAUCGAGUGUCUGACUGACUUCUCUGAAGCCCCGUUGCUCAACAUCAAAUUCAGAUACGGUGGAGCUCUGCAGAACCUGACUCUCAAGCUGCCUGUCACCAUCAACAAGUUCUUCCAGCCAACUGAGAUGGCAUCACAUGAUUUCUUCCAGCGCUGGAAACAACUAAGCCAGCCUGCACAAGAAGCACAGAAGAUAUUCAAGGCUAACCACAGCAUGGACACUGAAGUACUUAAGGCUAAGCUACUGGGACUAGGAACGGCCCUGCUGGACGACGUGGACCCCAACCCAGAGAACUACGUGUGUGCUGGAGUGAUCCAGACCAAGGGCCAGCAGGUUGGCUGUCUGCUGAGACUGGAGCCCAACGCCCAGGCACAGAUGUACCGACUGACUCUGCGCUGCAGCAAGGACUCUGUGUCCAGGCGUCUCUGUGAGCUGCUGGCUGAACAGUUCUAGAGUCCAGACCUCUACCGGGACCAGUACUCCCAGCAUCCCUAGUGGCGGCCUCUCCCUCCAGCCCUCCUGCCUCCUCCCUCCAACAAAGAGUCUUUGGUUAAAAAAAAA